CAAGGUAACGCUGCAAGACUCCGGUAACCGAAUCUGAUCUCACUCAGCCAAGCUUGUAAUAAAACCACGUCUUUUAUUUACGUUCCGGUCUUUGCACAAGUCACCUUUGGCUCGGACUCAGUAUGCCUGUCCAUUUUAAGGGAAUCAGCGAGUAUCGAAAUAAAUACAAGAGUCGAGCAACACGAUCUAGGAGCGAUUCUCCGCAUCGCAGGAUGCGACAGGCAGGACUUCGCUCUGACCAGUCAAGAAUUACUCGGGAACCACAAUUCUUAUCCAAAAAGAAAGUGCCGUUUCAUCCACUCCAGGUGUCCACUUCCCUACAAUGGGAAGGACAUGGUCCAUCUUCACAGCUUCAAGAAAGAAGCAGGCCUGUCACACCUCCAGCUGUCGAAUCUGGGGUCAGAGCCAGUAGAGAAGAAAGAGAGUUGACCCCUUUGGCCCCAAGAGACCCCAUACCACCAGAGGGCACCCCUGCACCAUCCCAACAACAAGCAGAGGUGCAAGUAGCUCAGCCAUCCACUAGGACAGCAGAUCAGCCGAGACAGACACUUCCACUAAAUGGAGUAAACCAUGUACUGCGUAAAAAAGCAGGACUGAGGUCGGAGAGACAUAUGAAUUGCCGUUUGAGCUCCGAGUACCAGAGACAGUUUAUGUGGAAAACCCCUGUGGCCGAUUCACCCCUGCUGGCUGCACAUGAGAUGUUUUACAGUGACAGUAGGGUCAUCCCACCUUUCAAAUCAAACCCAGUAAUUAUGGAGAGUGAGUACAAGAGAAGUUUUAAAGGAUCACCUCCUCCCAGACCUCGCUUGAGGAGAGAUGUUGAACAAAAUGAGGUCCCACAGCUCCACACGGGGAAUGGAACGCCAGAUAAGAGUAAGAGGAAUAAGAAGAAGGAGCGGCAAUUCAGGAGGAAAUCUAGCCCCAAAGAGGAUGUGCACCAUCCACAACAGGAUGUAAGGUCACUCGGUGCCCCGAGAGAUCCUUCACCCAAAAUUAUGAGGAAAGUAAAAACUGAGUACAGAUCCAACUUCCGUUCUCCCCUCCAGUACAGCUACAGAGAUGGAGAAUGGGUGAAGGCCAAAGCUGCAAAUGAGGAGGAGUGUGAAAGUUAUCACGAGUGGUACAAUGAGGUACAGGAGCUACGUGAGAAAGCAGAGGCCUACAGGAAAAGGGCCUGGGGGACUCAUUUUUCCCGGGAACACCUGAACCAGAUCAUGUCAGACCACAACUGGAUGUGGGAGGCUUCCAGUGGCACUUCCUCCUCAUCCUCCACUGUAUCUGAGGGCUGCAGAAGAACGAGCAGCAGCCCUAUCAUAGAAGCUCUGGACCUGGCCAGGGCAGGCAGUGUCAUAGGAAGCUCUAGCCCUGGGCCUUCAGCUUCUGUAGCAGCCAGCAGGAGAAGCUCUGCUGGAGUGGUGGGUCUUCCAGAAGCCCAAACCCUCCCUGUGCGGAGGAAGUUGGCCUGGAAUGAAGAAACGGGAUCUGGAGAGAGGGAUGAGGCUGAGAUGGAUCUGAGGGAGGAGCUACUUGUUGAAAAAAAUGAGAGGGAUUCAAAGGAUGGCUAUGAGAAAACAAGUGAGAAUGGGAACUUCAAAGAAAGAAAUGAGAGGUUGCAGGUUUUGGAAACUGAGUCAUCAUCAGUGGUGGAGGGUUCUGGACAGUUCAUUAAUGGAGGCAGAUUACCAACACUCAAACUAAAGACCAUGCAGGCUGAUCAAAGAACAUAUCGUGACCGGACCACUCCUUCAACUGGAGGUGCUUUACUGAUCUCUCCUGCAAAGAUCAAGAAAUCCUCCAGGAGCGUUCGGAAGAGUGAGCCACCUUUAGGCAAACCUCACUCUCCUUACAAGCUUAUCACAGAUUGCUCUCCGCAGCGGACACACAGCAAGGCAGAGAAUGGAAGCUUGCCGCACUCUUCACCAGCUGCAGGCCUGACCACUGUAGACCCACAUCUCAUGCGUGCAGAUGAUUGGUCUGAGGAGGAGGCAGAAUACUCCACCAAUCCAAGACAGGCCAAGCCAUCACAAAAACACGAGACCAGCUACCUUACAAAAGCUGUCGUCUCUCCACCUGCCAACAGAAUACAGGGCACGAUGAGAAAUCCGGAAUUUCAGCAUAAUGGUAACCUGGGAAUUUUUCGGCCUGAACUGUUUGUGUUCCCUGAAUCUGACGCUGGUAUGUCAGACAAUGAUGAUAAGAUGUCUCAGAUCUCGUCUAGAUCAGCAGCCUCUUGCUCAGUUGCAUCUGAACUCUUGGACCGUGCACAGAGAAGGAAGGAGGGAUUCUGGGGAAAGAGUAAUUAGUCAAAGCAGUGCAAUGCCAAAAUUGAACAUGCACUAUGGCCAUUUACAUCGCGGGAUGUAUAUUUACUCUUUUACUAUUUUUUUUUUUUUUUUUGUGUGGCAGAUUUUAUUUUGAUGUUAGUGUUUACAUUUUAGAAAAUCAAUUUGUAAUUUAUUUUAUCUAUUUGAAUAGCUUUUAAUAGCGCUGGACCGAUAUUGUGUGGUCAGUACAAAUGGUUUUGCUAAUUAGACAGUGUAAAUCAGAAUACAAAGUUUAAAAGUAAACUUUUUGGUAAAAUGAUAGAUACAAAGAUUCUGUAUAUGUUUCUCUAAUAAAAAC